AUCACCUGCAGUGAUACUAUUAAUCAGUAGACUCCAUAGCUGAAAAGGAUUGAAAACAACAAUGUAAAGGCUUGGGGGCUCUAUUUCAGGCAGCCCUUCCUUUUUAUAGGCUUAGGGAUUGGACUACAACAAAAUACAAGAUGCAAAACAUAACAGAGAAUUAGCAGAUUGACAAGGUAACUCAAUGCAGAUAGCCAAGAUAAGGUUUCCUUCGAAUUGAUGCAUUGUCAGACAAAGAUACUUUAACAAGAACAAUGAAUAGUGAGGAGUAAGGUCCACUUCAAUUUGAUUUGUGUGCGGUAGAAGUUUAAUAUUUUAUUCUAUAGUAAUAAGACGACCACAACACUAAAAUGCACUAUUGUUCAAGCCACAGAGGUUUGUCUGGUCGUUUACUUCAGGGGCCCGGGAUAGUCGAGGUACAUGAAUGCUGACCUGCACACCGGUUUGCACUGUUGUUCGAAUCGGUAUUCUUUAUAUAGCUGCCUUAAAUGAAGACAUCACAGGAAUAAGAAGAUGACAACAAUAUGAAUGGAUCAGCGCUAGAGGUAACGCCAGUCUGUUAUAUCUAAAUUGCUGAAGAAGAAAUUCAUGCACCAAAAUAUACUUGCACAGUAGUACCUAUUUUCAUCAACAUUCUUGGCUUCUGGCAUAAGCACUUUGAAGAAUACGAGUCUAUGUAGACUAGGAGGAUAGUCAAGGGAUCAUUUUGACAGAAUUUUUACCUAUUACUAGAGCAAACAUGAUCACAUGGCACUAGAUGAUACAUCGGAUUCUCUGUAGGCUAGUAGAAAAUAAAGAAUAGUUCGAACAGAAGAAAUGUAGCUAUUAUUAGAGCAAAAAUGAUCACAUGGGGUUGGUGAUGAGGUCAACAAAAAAAAAGGGCAGAUUGUUAGAUGAGGGUAUUUUAGUAAUUUCAGACAAUCAGAUUCUUGGCAGUGGUGGUCGUUCAAGGAUUGGUAGUUCAAGGGUCAUCAUGAAUUUAGUAUUUGCACUAAUAUUCAUCUAGAUGCAUUAAACACAUGUUACAAAACUCAAUGUAUGCAUUAAACACAUUUUAAUUCUAUGCAUCUAAUUGUUAGUAGGUUCGAUGUAUGCAUUUAUAUUUAGGUUCAUUCAUUAUCUUGUUAAAUGUGUUCAUUGAUUAGGUUCGUGUCAUUUAGGCUUCUAGGACUUCGAAAGGCCAUUGUUUAGCCUAUAAGUACCGACGUAAUCUUUCUUUCCAAGAGAGUUGAUUAAUGAAUUGAGUUUUACAAGGAUGAGGCCAUUGUAAUUGGGGUUUGGCUGCGGUCCUUCCUUGCAGAAACCGCCUAACCCUUGCAAGGGUGAAGCAGGUAUCUCUCUUUCUCUGUCUACUUCUUCUCAUUCUCUCCUUUCUUUUCUCCCCACCCAAAACCAUCACGAUUCCAGUUGUAGGCGGCAAUAUCUUAGUGUCCUAAAACCGUCCUACAUCACAUGGCACUAAAUGAUACUACUUCAGUAAUUUUUUUGACAGGAAUUUUUUCAUCCAAAACCACUACAGGGAGAAGGAACCAACAAAAUUACCGCAGCUGCAUGAUCUAGAACUAAUGAGACUCAACAACCACCUCUCUUAAUUGGAACCAAAGUCGACUUUUCACAAUUACAUACCAACAAGCAAUAACAAUUCCAGGGAACUUUAUUCAUUAGGAAUCUUUCCCCAAACUACUUAGGAACACGUGCUUCAUUCAAGAACGUAACAGCAAUUCCGUCAACACCGUAUUAAAUCGUUUUAGACCACAUACAGUUCAUCUUGCAACAAGUAUUUCACGUAAUUAGAAACUGUGAGCAUGAGUAGUCAAAGAUCAUACACCAUUAAACGUGGCCAACAACUGAAAGAAUGAGCAAAUAUUUCUGGUAUUUGGAACUUUAAGUUGAUAACAGGUCCACAUUAGGAGUUUGCAUUUUAUAACAAACAUUUUUAGGUAAGAAACUCAAACGCACUAUUUUAGGGACAUAUGCAUCUUCCAUAAGUUACUGGUUUUCCACAUCAUAACCAAAAUCUGCAACCUACUCGCCUUAUAGUUCACACAUACGAUUGUUUAGCAAGAAAUUGAAGAUUCAAGAAAUCAUUGUUCGUCUAUGAAGCACCGACACCUCUAGAGGUCAAAGUAUCGCAAUGUCGGACACGGGGACACGACGGGGACAUGCCUGGCGUGUCCCAUAAUUUAAUGGAGUAUAAAUUUUUUAGGGGGACACGACUGGGGACACUGAUGGGGACAUGGCAGGGGCCAAACUGUAAUUUUUGGGGGGCCAAACUGUAAUUUUAAAAAAUUGGGGGUCAAACUGUAAUUUUUUAAAAAAUUUGGGGCCAAAUUGUAAUUUUUUAAAAAAUUUGGGGCCAAAUUGUAAUUUUUAAAAAAUUUCUGGGUGUCAAACUAUAAUUAUAUAUUUAUUUAUAUAAAUAAAUAUACACGUGGCGUGUCUCCCGCCGUGUCCGUGUCCCCAUUUUUUUAGAAUUCCUGGGUCCCCGUGUCGGUGUCCGUGUCAAUGUCGGUGUCGGUAUCCGUGUCCGUAUCCGUGCAUCAUAGAAUGUCCGUGAUACACAACUGCAAGUGACAACCCAUUUUGUGUUUCUUCCACCAUUCAUAUGUUAUGAAGGAAUGUUCUUUUCAUAUCUUAUGUCUCAACAUGCAUGCAAUAUCUACAGCCCAUUUUAUGCUAUUUCCAAACGCCAUAAUCCACACGGCACUUUUUUCCAGAAACAGUGCUACCUUACUUCUUUGUCACAAUAAAUAAAAAAAAGCAUUCUUUAUUUCAGAAUUAUAUUACACAAUUCUAUAUAAAAAAAAGGCAUUCUUUAUUUCAGAAUUAUAUUACACAGUUCUAUAGUUUGCUCAAGCUUUAGUGAUUGUUAAAGUAGCACUAGUUAAAGAUUCUUUUUCUUAAUAGGAAAAAGUAACACAAAAACAGAAUCGGAACCUGUUCAUUUACGUAUGUAUUUUUUUAAGAGGGUCCAAUCAUACAGCUCAGCCCUGAUAAGAUCGUAGCAGUAGGCCGCCUGCAUAUACUUCCUUAUCCAAUUAUUCAUCUUUCUUCAGCAUCUAAUUUACUACCGUACCUUUUCUAUUAGUCUUGCUUACCCAGUAUCAGAUACAUUUCUUCAUCUCUAUCCAAGACUCUUUAAAUACGAUUACCACCUUGAAGUGAAUUUAAGAAAAGAAGCAGAGAAAGCUCUAGUUAAACAUUUCUCAUGGCCUCUUCUUCCUUCCCUGAUGUAUGGACCUGGAUUCAGAACCUUCCAUUAAUUACUCAAUGGAGCACAAAUUCCAAGUCCAUAUGUAUAUAUUGUUCAAGUUCAUCUCAACCAUCCCUCAAAUUCUCCAUCACCAAAAAUCCUCAAUCCUCAUUUCUAUCAUUCUCUAUUCUUGCAGAUUUUAGCCUCACCAUCUCUCUUUGGACUUCGAAACCUUUGAAACUGAACUCCACGCGCACAAAGUUCAUCGAUGAAGAAACCAUUUCCAAUCUUUUUAUCAAUUUCAUCGAAGAUGUCCUCAAUUACUGCCCAAAUAAAAACACUUCAUUGCUCAGAAUCCCGAAAAUAGAUUCAUUGAGCAACUUCGGAGACAUCUUCAAUCUUUCAUUUCUGACUCUCACUUUCCUUAUUUGCAUCUAUGAAGCUCCAGCAGAUCUCCGGUCAGAAUGUCUUAAUACUUUUAAGAAUCAACUAGCAUGCGUAAGGUCAAGAGAAACAACAAAGCCACUUGUACGACUCCUAGGGUCCAGUCUAGAAGAGCAAUGGAUGCGAUCAAUAAACCUUGCAAUCACUAAUUGGAUUGUGGAGCUCCAAGCAACCAACCACACCCUCAAAACGCCAUCACCGUUGUUUUCUUAUGCAAUUUCAAGAGUUGGGCUAUGGAAAGUUCAACUAUAUUGUCCUGUAAUAGCCAUGGAUAUUGAGAAACCAACCAAUCCUUCACCUGACGAGCGAUUGUGGUUCUCUUUGAACUAUCACCAACUUGAGGGUGUAAUUCAAUUAAAUUACAAAGUGAUGGUUCGAGAGAAGUGGGUUGAUGUGAUAGUGAACGUAGACAACAUAAGGUGUGAUGUUAUACGACUUGCAACAGAGAAACUCAUGGCUGAGCGAGGAGCUGGGACAGCUGAAAAACACUUCCCUUCACGAAUAUCUUUGCAGCUUACUCCUACUCUUCAAACCAAUGUCUUAAGUGUAUCUGUAAGUAAAUCCUCAGAUAACCCCACUAGAGAGAUUGGCAUAGAAAAGACAAUUGAAGGUUCGUUCGACGCACUGAACUCCGUGGGACUAAAGGUUUCCGCUGCAGAGACCGUGACCAUGAGCUUAAAGCCUUGGAAGUUUGAGCAGUCUGUUUACGGCGACAGUGCAAAUUUAAAUUGGUUCCUUCACGAUUCCGCAAACGGAAAGGAGGUCUUCUCAUCAGAGCCGUCCAAGAUGGCGUUGCUCCAACCCAAGGCUUGGUUCAGAAACCGAUACUCCAGCGCUUAUCGGCCCUUCACGAGGCAAGGAGGGGUAAUCUUCGCCAACGAUGAGUACGGAGAGAAUGUAUGCUGGAAGGUGGACAAAGGCUCUUCUGUGGGAAGGGUGAUGGAGUGGGAGAUAAAAGGAUGGAUUUGGUUAACAUAUUGGCCUAAUAAAUAUAAAACAUCCUACAGUGAAACUAGGAGGUUGGAAUUCAGAGAAAUCCUUCCACUUACCCUUGCUUAGCCAGGAAAUCCUACUGCAUUAUUAUUUGAAUAAGUGGCACUUGACAGAGUCCAAUGGAGGAAACGAAUUCAUGUAGCCGACCCCAAGUGAUUGGGAUGUAAGGCUCGGUUUGGUUUGGUUUGGUUUGUAGCAACUGUAACUUGUAGUUUCCAGUUAUGUUUUUGAAGAAUAAAGGCGUUCAUGUUGCCUA